AUGUCACUUCCUUAUCAGCCGAAUUAUUAUUAUUAUACUGCUGCUACUACCACCGUUCCACCAACAUCAACACAUUAUCGCACAUGUUUAUCACAAAUGCCUACAGCAUCCAGUUCAACGAUAUCAAACUUUUCAAUUGAAAGUAUUUUAUCGAGGCGAGUACCAGUACCUCAAUUACCAUCUUUACCAUUAGCAAAUGAUUUCACCGUUGCUGCUGCUACUGCUGCUACGGUUGCAUGGCCUAUCAUACCAUCACAUUUCUCAUAUCCUCAUCCCGGUUUUCCGUAUAUCAAUAACGGCUUUAUCACAUCAUUUCAUCCAUUUCAUUACGGUGGUAAACGAAAGCGACGUCAUCGAACAAUUUUUAGCGAAGAACAAUUGCAAAUUUUAGAAAAUGCAUUUCAAGGAACCCAUUAUCCGGAUGUAAUGUUACGUGAAAAACUUGCUGUGCAAUGUGACCUAAAAGAAGAGCGAGUAGAGGUUUGGUUUAAGAAUCGUCGUGCAAAAGAUCGUAAGCAAAAACGUGAAAAUGAUACGAAUGAUAGUAUAGGACGAAAGAUAAGCGCAUCUGAUGAAUCAGAUUACGAAGUAUCUGAUGAUGAUGAUGAUUGUACUAAAAUUAAGAAAAAUCGUCAAUCAACCAAUAAUGAUUCAAGUAAUCAUAAUGCUAAUACUGAUAAUAAAGUAGUGGAAAUCAGAAAUGAACCUAAAAGUGUAAUUUAG